AAUCGCGAAAACACCUUACAGGCCUCCGUCGUUUAUCUCCGUUGCCUUCCUGUACCCGUUAUUUUUUUACUUUUCGUCCCAGUGUUGCGCAACUCCUGCUUUUCUGCUUUCUUUCCAGCACCUGUCUUCUGGUCGACAUGUCGGAGUGCAAUGCGGUGUCUGCAGCGGGACCCGGGGACCCUCUGGGCGGGCAGACAGCUCUCGGGAACGGGGCAAGAGGCAUCCAGAAAGAUGCGUUCGCGGACGCAGUGCAGCGGGCCCGGCUGGUGAGGAGGAGGGAGAUUGCAGCAAAGAUUGGAGGUGAUGCUGGUCCUCCUCCCAUGAACAACAACACUGCAUCAGAUGGCUUUCCCUUCACUGCACAGAAACGCCAGCUGGAGGAUGCAGAUGAACCGGAGAGUAAGAAGCUGGCUGUUCAGAGUGACUUGGAUUCAGCCAAUGCAUUGUCUAUUGGUGCACAACUGGCUGCUCUUGCACAACAAAGUUCCAGGCCUGCCUCCAACACAGAGGAAUACAGUGUCCCGGACAGCAUGGUGGGACUCAUUAUUGGCCGUGGGGGUGAACAGAUCAAUAAGAUUCAACAGGAGUCCGGUUGCAAGGUUCAGAUAGCUCCAGACAGUGGAGGCCUUCCAGACAGGAGCGUGUCUCUCACAGGUUCCCAAGACUCCAUACAGGAUGCCCGGAGGCUUUUGGACGAGAUCGUGUCUCGAGGGAGGGGUACGCCCCCUUCUUCUUAUCACGAGUCCACCAACGGGCAGAGCGGCACGGUGCACGAGAUGAUGAUCCCAGCAGGCAAGGCUGGGCUGGUCAUUGGAAAGGGAGGAGAGACUAUCAAACAGCUGCAGGAGCGUGCAGGGGUGAAGAUGAUUCUGAUCCAGGAUGUCUCUCAGGGACCCAACGUCGACAAGCCCCUACGCAUCAUCGGAGAUCCCUACAAAGUCCAACAAGCCCAGGAGAUGGUGCAGGACAUUCUGAGGGAGAGGGACCACGGUGGCUUCAAUGAAAGAAAUGACUUCAGCGCCCGGAUGGGAGGAGGCAUGGAUAUUCCUAUACCAAGACACUCAGUCGGUGUGGUUAUCGGGCGCAAUGGAGAGAUGAUCAAGAAAAUCCAGAAUGAUGCCGGAGUUAGGAUACAGUUCAAACAAGAUGAUGGGACUGGUCCAGAUAAGAUCGCACACAUCAGUGGCCCCCCUGACUGCUGCGACCACGCUUCUCAGAUCAUCAACGACCUGCUGCAGAGCAUCAGGGUCCGGGAUGAGGGACAGGGGGUAAAUGGUCCCCCAGGUCCUCCAGGCAUGCCUGCAGGCAACAGGGGUCGAGGUGGGGGUCAAGGCGGCUGGGGGCCCCCUGGAGGGGAAAUGACCUUCUCUAUUCCUGCCCACAAGUGUGGACUUGUGAUUGGCCGGGGAGGAGAGAACAUUAAAUCCAUCAACCAGCAGACAGGGGCCUUUGUAGAAAUCUGCCGACAACCGCCCCCCAACGGAGACCCCAACUUCAAGAUCUUUAUCAUCCGGGGCUCGCCGCAGCAGAUCGACCACGCCAAGCAGCUCAUCGAGGAGAAGAUUGAGAUCCCCCUGUGUCCUGUGGGCCCGGGGCCAGGUGGACCAGGUCCUGGAGGUCCAAUGGGUCCCUACAACCCUGACCCAUACAACCCUGGACCGCCUGGGGUGCCCGGACCACCACAUGGUGGUCCUCCAGGUCCUCACCAGUACCCCCCUCAGGGCUGGAGCAACACCUACCAGCAGUGGCAGCCCCAGGCCCCCCAUGACCCCAGCAAGGCAGCAGCCAAUGACCCCAACGCAGCCUGGGCGGCCUACUACGCUCAGUACUACCAUCAGCCGCCAGGGGGGGGUCCAGCCCAGAACCCCGCUACCCCGGCAGGAGGAGGGGCCCAACCUUCAGGGGAGCAGACCCAGCCUGCACAGACGCCCGGGGGCCAACCAGACUACAGCAAGGCCUGGGAGGAGUACUACAAGCAGAUGGGCCAGGCAGGCGGCUCUGCCCCUGCUGCACCUGAAGGAGCAGCGGUGGGGGCAGUGUCCACAGCGGGGGGGGAGCCGGACUACAGCGAUGCCUGGGCGGAGUACUACCGGCUGCAGGCGUCGUACUACGGACAGACCGGACAGGCGGCCGGACAGCCAGCCGCUCCACAGCAGGGACAGACGCAGUGAUGGCAGAAGGAAUCAGGAAGACAGGAUGAAGAAGACGAACCCGAAUUUAAGUCCAGGAUCCAGCCUGUUUAUUUAGAGUGGAAGUGAAACCCUUCCUCACCACCGAACCACACGUGGAAACUUCCCAAAUCAACAUUGUCAACUGAACAAGCUUUCCAGUGCUUUGCAGCUGAGGCUGAAGGACUGAUAUCCCGCCACACAGGUUCUCAAUACCUUUAAAUAUAUUUUAUGAAUGCCAUGAUAUAUAUGGAAGCCUUGAAAUGCUUUCUUUACUGCAGAGGAGUUGCUUUUAAAUAUAUAUAAUCAUCCUCGUCUCCCUAGCUAUCAGGUCUUAUAUCUUAUUGUGUAUCAGGUAAUAAUACAUCAGUCAUCCCUUUUGUAAAGCUCAUUUGAUUUGCCCAUUCUUUUUAAUUGAAUUAUUUGACUCUUCUUGAUUUAGCUAAGACUUUAUUGGUAUUUCUACAUUUUGAUUAUUUUUCAUUUGCUUAUGAAUGUGUUCAUAUGCAGCAUUUUGUAAGCCAGUUAUAAAGUAUACAAAUUGAUUUGUAGUGUUGAUUGGUGCAUGUGGACUCACUAUUCAUUGCUGAAAGCUGCUAGAUAUAGAUGACGAAAACAUCCCCCCUUUAUCUGCUAAGGACAUGCAAGUUAUGUGAAAUAGUUUUAAAUAGGGAGCCUCGAUGACAGGUACUAGACUUAGUCCUGGAGUCCUUGAAGUUUGAAGGACAACGUUGUAUAAUGGCUCGUAGGUUGCAGGAUUUAUGGGCCGCACAUCAGGUUAUGCAUCUUUGUUAUGGCCUUCCCUGCCAUUAACACCCACCAGACCUUUUCAAACUAACAUACUGGGUGUGGGCAUUCACCUUGAGGCAACUGCCUACCUCAUCCUAAUUUGGAGCUCCUGACACCCUCUGUAGUUUUCAUAUCUUCUACAAUAGUGUUAUGUAAGGCUAAAUUCACCUCACAUUUGCAUCAUGCUGUGAUUUUAAUGCACGUUUUAUACUUACUUUUCUCAUGGAUGCCAACGAGUAUGUUUAAAUCUUUUACCCUUCAUUGUGUGUAACGGAAUGAAAUGUAGUCUUCCAAUGUGUCUCACUUGAAGAUAUACAUGUACAUAUAUUCAGCAAUAUAAGGCUGUCGGUUUGGACUUACAGAGAUGUAUCAGGUAUGAAUCUUGUAUUUUGAAUGGCAGCUUUGACGCAGUGUUGAUAUUGUUAAUAGAUGACCACCAGCAGCAAUACUCUGAAUUAAAAUGGGGCAGAUGUUGAUUACUUUAAAGUGUGUGUUGAACAUUUUGUUGUCAUGUUUUUUACAAACGGUAUGCACUUAAAACAUUGCCAACUGUUAGCAGAUAUAACUAAAUCACAUUUGAGACGAAUCACCACUAGAUGUCACUGUUAGCUUUUCUAAGAAUAAUCAAGUGUUACUAAAUAGAUGAAACCCAUUUUCAGAGGAAAAUAUUUGAAAGAUCUCGUUUUAAACUGAAUUUGCAACAUUUUGAGUUUUCACACACUUACAAUCAACAACACUUUUGAUCUUU